UCGUGAAAUCGCAACAAAUAAGACACGCUUUGAAAUUCGGCUCGGUGGAAAUGUACAAUUGUGAACGAGAUACGCAAGAGAGCGUAGCACAAACGUUUGUGUUUUAAUAUAUAUAUUUUCUGUAUAUACGUAUAUGAAUAUAUUUGUGUCACAUAUAUUUAUUUGCACGUCGUAUUUAAUUAGCUCUGUGAAACGUGAUACAAGUGUAUCUCUUCAUUGCUCGACAACGCCAUAUUGGUCGCAAUAAAUCUUACCUGACAGUAAACAAAUCCGAUCGUAUAUUUCCGCGUAGUUUUCACGAUACAGCAGCCACGAGGCUGUGGCCAGUUACAAGAAACCUUUAUUGAGUAACUUGUGUAACCGAAAAAUUCUGAAACCGAGCACCAAACGCACACACUUUGUUGCACAAGUCCGUUCUAUAUACAACAUAUCCGAAUAAUAAAAGAUACGAUGACAAGAGACGAUAUAAGGAUGGUGGAAAAUACGAUAGGUGUUUUCACAAAUCAAUUUACAAACAAAGUGAUGCGGGAAAUAAAUAAUAGUUUCAACAAUGAAGCACCUAACUCUACAGACUCAGUAAAAAUUUCUGGCACUUCGAUUUCAAUCGACAAGUCUCAAUUUUAUAAUUAUCUGUGCCUUCUAAAUCAGAUUCAUCAAAACCGCAAACUUAAUCAUAAUGAUAUUAAGUCCAUUCGUCGCUUCCAUUGUUAUGUUCAAGAUUGCCAAGUCAAAAAGUUUUUCUGUGAACAUAACUUCUUAAAAAUAGCAAAGUUUCUGUUGAAAGAUUGUUCAUCGCUAUUAUGUAAAAACAUAACUAUAAGUAUCAUUGUUGAACUUGCCAAGGAAGAUGAAUAUACAGCUAAAACAGAUAUAAUUAACAGUAUAGGCGAAGACUUGGACAUUGUGAAUUUCAUCAUAAAUUAUUUUCGAAAUAGAUACAUUGCAAGCGAGACUUUCUUAACGCACAAUCUUCUCAGAUUGUUUCAUUUAAUAAUAUUUACGAUUGAAAACUGUCCCGCAUCGCCUUGGGUUACUCAUUUGAAGAAUACAAGAGGAUUUUUCGGGAUAUUUAUAACCAACGUAUUAUGGUGUAUAUCUCUUCCUGGUAAUAUAUUAAAAGAUAUAUUCUGUAUGAUUUGGAAGCUAUCAGAAAUAAGAUUUCCAAAUUCUUUGGAACCGCUUUUGAGUGAUCUAUUCAAUAUACAAGAACUGAUUGACUGUGGAUUAGUGGAACUCAUAUAUUUUAGAUUUCUGUGCACAGAUGACGACAUUUCCAUAACAGACUGGACAAGCAUAGAAAUGUGGUUAGACUUAGUAACCAAGUUAAGACAACCUAAUUUAUUUCCAUCUCAAAAUCUUAAUUUUGAUUCUAUAUUUAAACCUUUAUGGGUAAUCAUAAAUAAAUACUUCGCCGAAUUGACAAGAGCUAACGCAGAGACAGAACUUGAGAACAAAUGUAAAAUCCUUUUAAGAGUCUUACGUCUUCGCGUGAUAGAGAAAUGCGUAAUACUGCUAAACACUUAUAAAGACGAUACGAUUAAGUCUGUAACGACUCAGAGGCAAAUGAACCAAAUGAACACCUUUUUAUAUAAUUUUCAUUCUUAUAUAAAUCAAUUAUAUUCGACAUUCUAUUAUCGAAAAGAUUCGUCAAAAAAACCCGACGAAUGUACAAAAGUACGUGUCAAAUCGCUUAUAUCAAAUCUACGGACGCCUAUAGAAACCAUGAAAACUAUGUUGGAUCGAUAUUUCAAUUGUAGGUACAAUCUCCGAAUAAAGAUAUGAUGACAUCAAUUAAAAAGUUUGGCUAUAUACAUAAAGUUUGGCUGCUUUAUAUGCAUACGUGCACAUGAGGAAAACCUCUUAUUCAAGAAUAUGUUCCUAUUCAAGAAUAUAUUCCUACAGAUAUAAACGUUUGUAUCUCUAUACAUGAGAAGUGCAUUUUUCUUAGUUAAAUUAUCUUUUCAAAUUGCACUUUUUGUAGUUAGUAUUCUUGAGACAUCGUUACAAAUUCAUGUAUAUAGACAUUAACAUACUUGCUUGUACAUAAGACACAACAUUUUAUAUUAGAGAACAGUAAUUAAUAACAAAUACAAUUGUUACAUAAUUAUGUAUUUUCAUAACGACAAUUGUAAUACAUCUUUGCCUUGUAUGUGAUCUUUUUUUCUCACAAUUAACAAUUAAAUGCAAAAUAUGCACUAAAUGAUUCUAUUUCAAUUAUAAUUGUCAAUCGUUACCUAAGCAUGCGACGCGGAAUGAUUAUUCUUUGUGUUAAAUUGCAUGCGAGCACCAGAAGUCAAAUUCAAUUGAUUUGGAAAUCAAAGAAUUGUUAAAAAAUUCGUCGCACGCAAUUCAGCGCGAAGAAAGGCAUUGUGUGAGUGCCGGGGAGAGAGGGUCCGUAAAAUUACAUAAAGUUUUGCGUCGAUCAAAGCGAGAGAAUUACGCGAAAUUUAUUCACUGACUCCUGGUCUAGCAACACACAGUUAGGCAAAAACAAGUGAUAAUAAAAAUUUUAUCAGUCACCUAUUACGUCAAUCUGGUUAUUUGGAUGUGUGUGAAGUACAUCGAUCUAAUGUUCUCGUCAGAAAUUCGAUUGCCGUCGUUCUCAACGAGUACAGAAAAAUCGGAUUAUGCCGAAAAUUAUAUCUCUCGGUUCUGAAAAAAAUCACGUCAAUGACGACAUAUCUCGCUCGCUCAAGUUAUAAAAAGAGAUUGUGAGAAUUAAUUUUUGUCUUAUAUCAAUAUCUCACGUACAUAGUCG